AUGAAGGCUAACAUCAUCAACCCGCCGGAGAAGGAUCCGAAUUUGAUCACAACUGUAGCUGACCAAGGUCAGGGAGGUCUUGAGGAAAAAACCCGAUCAAAUUCGACCACUCAGUUGUCGAUUGCUCUGACCAAGGAUAAUCCUGCCAUCACGACUCCCAAGCGCAGCAGCAAGCAAAACCCUUCAGAAACCGCCGAGGAUGGCGCAAUGAAAGGACGCUCGCUCUUCCCAUCUGAAGUUGCCAAGGGUCAGGCCGUCACCACGGUCAACACUUGA